UCCAGAUAUCAUCUGGACCACCCACAGCUGCCCUCGCACCAGUUUUCCGCUUGUUGUGGGCUCCAUGUUUGCGUGGCCGGCCGGACAAUGCAAUACAGAACAAAUCACGGCAGGGAGCAGGUCUCGGCCGCCGCUCGGCAAGGAGGGAGGCAGCGCAAGGCGCCGGCUAAGGUGCCCCAGGGGCACUUCGAUCCCGACGAGCUGACCCGUCGGCUAUACAUGGUCUUAGCCGAGCAAAAGGCGCAAGCCGAGCGGAAACAGAGGGCCCAGAGGCGCGGUUCAGCACCCUCCUCCACAGGUACGCGGCACCGAGAGGACGCGAAGCCGGACCGAGAAGGACGGCAGCAACUGGCCGAGCCACGAGCCGACCUCAUUACGGAAUGGAAGCGGUCCGAGCCGACCAAGCGCAAGCCACCUCACGCGGCGCUCGCCGUGCCGGCUUCAGACGCCUCGGGGAGCCAGCCGACCCAGUAUCACCAUGUUCCGAGUCAGGCCGCCAAGCAAUUCACGGCAACAGCCACGGCAGACAACAUGCGUGACAGCAGCCUCGUGCACAAGCUGUCAAAACACGCACUGAAAUUCCACCUGGAAGGACCCAGGGCAGCCCGCCCGGCAGCAGGCGGCAGCGGCGGCGGCGGCGGCGGGGAAGAAACGGCGCUCGCGCCGGCCGAGUUGACCCGCGCGCUGCGGCAAUCGCAGGCCCAGCACAACAAGCUCCUCGGGCGCAACCAGUUCCAGCGCACGCGCACCCUGGAGCAAGCCGCGCGGCUCGAGCACGCCCAGCACCAGCAGCAGCUGCAGUCGCCGCGCGAGCACACCUUCGAAGCCGAGCUCUCCCGCCUGCUGCCGGACGGCCACAAGCCCGCCAGCUGGUGGCACACGCGCCGCAACAGCACCGGCAACACCAUCGACCCGGCCGCCACCUUCUCCUCCUCGGACACCAGCCGCAGCCAAGCGCACCUCCGGCGCUCGCUGAUCGCGCUCGACCCGUUGAAGGACGUGACGUUCGAGGACGUCGUCGCCGCCACCUCGCCGUCCGCGACCGCCGCCCCACUGCUGGCCGGGGACGGGCGCGAGCACGAACCCGAACUACCGCGGUUCCCGCCGCCCGAGCGGGCGCGCGCCGACUGGACGCAGAGCGACGACACGGGGCGCAGCAGCGGCGGCGGCAGUGGCGGGGGGUAUCACCAACAGCGGGGCGGGCCGAAGCUGCUGCUGCAGCUGACGCCGCUGCUGCGCAAGGCCGAUUCGCUGUGGGCGUUGCGAACCGGCAGGAGGGGCAGUCGGGAUUCAGCGGCCGGGGUGGGGUCUGGGGCGGAUAAAGAGGAGGGGAGGAAGGGAGACGGGGAAGGGGGGAAAGGGAAUGAGGAGAAGGGGGCGAAUGAGUCGCCUAUUAGUAGUCCCAGGACGGCGGGGAGAGGGUCUGGUUGCUUUGCAGCUGUAUGUUUAUAGUAAUGAUAAUGAUAUGGAAUGGCAUGAGGAGGAGCAUGUCCGCUGCUGCGGCCGUGUUUCCUCCCACGGAAGCCAUCUCUUCUCCAGGUGGCAUCUGCUCUUCGAGGCCUCGCCAAGUCCCAAA